AAAAAUAAACCUCAAAUAUUCACAAUCUUGAAAUAGCAGAGUGCCUACAAACGUUCACACAUUCUCUCGAGUGAUCUUCAAAUAUGGAUUCAUCAAACCUUACAUCACUUCCAGAAGAAGGCUCAGAAGAAACCCAUAAUCUCCAUUCUGCCUUUUCUUCUAUCCCUGCUCGCCUUCCCAUUCAGACAUCUUCACAGAAAUAUGCACCUUUAGAUUGGUCAGAUUAUUUCGAUCGAGAAGAUGAUAUUCAGAUCCCAGACUCAGAUGAUGUAUUUCAUGUUUAUAUGGCAGGGACUGAAGGGCCUGUUGUUUUUUGCCUGCAUGGUGGUGGUUAUUGCGGGCUCUCAUUUGCAUUGGCAGCAAGCAAAAUCAAGGAGAAAGCUAGGAUAGUAGCCAUGGAUCUCAGGGGACAUGGAAAGUCAGCUACACAAAAUGACGUUGAUUUGUCCAUUGAGACGCUAUGCGGUGAUGUGUUUUCUGUUUUGAAGACAAUGUAUGGAGAUGCUCCGCCUGCAAUUGUGCUUGUUGGCCACAGUAUGGGAGGUGCAGUUGCAGUUCACGUUGCUGCAAAAAAAUCACUUCCAAGUUUGGCUGGCUUGGUGGUUGUGGACGUUGUUGAGGGUUCAGCAAUGGCAUCGUUGAUUCAUAUGCAGAAGAUUCUGUCGAACAGAAUGCAGCAUUUCUCUACCCCUGAAAAAGCGGUAACCAAUGCUCAGAACUUCUUCCCUUUUUGUGACAAGCAGCCGUGCUCACCUUAUCAUAUUGAGCAAAUUUUUUAUUAUGUUGUUUUUUACUCAGGUGGCCUUGUUUCUCAGGAACGCUUUAUAUUUAAUCUAUCCCCGCCCCCUCCCCCGCCCAACCAAAAAAAGAAACUUAUUUUGCCGUGAAAAUAUGAAAUUCAGUAUCAGCAAGAGGGAGUACAAUGCAGUAGUCUCUAUUUCAUUAUGUAUAUUAUGUUCCUGCUGUUUUCUUAACAUAAGGUUGUAUAUAACAGAUGCUUGAUUAAUCGCAUCAUAAUAAGUGCACGUCAUUGAGUAGAUAAUCAAUCUAGUCACUUAUUUUUGUUAUUUUUUGUUGAAAAAGACAGUCUGACCACCAAUACCAAUUUCAUUUAAUCAGGUGAACAAUCUUACAUAAAUUUACGAUAUGACAUUUUCUUGUCAUCUUAGGUAACUUCGACACCAUUGCGUUGUGAAGUUUAACUCAUAAAGCUAUUUCCUACCCUCUAACAUAUCACGGUUUAUCUGACUUAUCCAGAAAACAUCAUGGUUUAUGUUUGUUUUUCCUAUAUUGAGCUUCUGCUUGGUUAGACUUAGGAUAUGAGUUUUAUUUAAGCUCCUCUGAGUCCUUAGAUCUGUUGAGGCUCUCAAGUUUUUAUUUGGAAGUUUUA